AUGGCAUAUAAGAACACCACAGACUCUGUAACUGGUGAAGCAGUUCUAGUCGCAUCUUGUCAUAUAUACCCGGCUCAUACUACGGAUACUCCUUCCUGUGGAAAAAUACUCAAUCGUGAACGUAUUAAUCUUGAAUCAUAUCAGCUGAUAUGGUUAGAUUCAAAUACGCAUAGCGUCAUUAAUAAUGAUACUGCUGUUACACUUACAAACUUGAGAAAAAUUGUUGACUAUACAAAACUUUAUAAUGAGAAAGAAGAGUGCAUUCAAUACAUCAAGCAAACAUCGAAUACGACAACAUUUUUAGUUUGCUCUGGUUCCUUAGGAGAACAAACUAUACCAAUAGUACAUUCAAUGAACAAUAUAUGGACAAUUUAUAUAUUUUGCCAAAACAAAGAUUACCAUGAAAAGUGGGCUACCAACUAUUCGAAGAUCAAAAGAGUUUAUACAAAGCUUGUGGAUUUAUUAAAUGAUCUAAAAAGCGACGUUCAGAAAUACAUACAAAAUGAGAAUGAUAUUAGUUUUAUUGGAGCUGGAAGAGAAGAUAACACGACAAUAAAGCUACACAAUGACUGGUGGCCAUAUUUCGUAGAUUUUCUUUGUUAUUUACCCUAUCCAGCCAAUUAUCAAAACCAUCUUAUUGAUUUAUUAAAACAGUACUAUGCAGGAAAAAAAGUUGAAAUCGAAAUAUUAAAGGAUUUUGCAGAAAAUUACACUCCAAAGAAAGCGAUCUGGUGGUAUACUUGUGAAACGUUUCUCUAUCGACUCGUUAAUCAAGCUCUCAGACAAAGAAAUAUCAAAAUUGUGUUUUUAUUUGGAUUCUUCUUACGAGAUAUAUAUACAGAGCUGCAGCAACAAUACCAGGUGUUGAAAUCUAAAUGUUCAAAACAGAGCUUGAAGCUUUAUCGUGGACAAAUAAUGUCUGUUGUUGAGUUAGAAAACCUACUUAAAUGUUGUAAAAAUGCUGAUACAUACCGCAUCAUAAUCACGAGCUUUUUUUCAACAUCUUUGAAACGUUUUGUAUCGCUUUCAAAGAUUCCACAGGAAGUAGAAUUCGAUAAGUUUGUACGAGUUCUUUUUGAAAUAACAAUUGAUGUCGCACAACCAAAUGGAACUAAUCCUAAUGGUCGUUAUCCCUUCCUUGGAUCGACUAUCCGUCCAUUCGGAGAUAUUUCAACUGUCAGUCGUUUUCCAGAGGAAUCUGAGAUCUUGUUUAUGCCGGGAUCUGGCUUUCAACUGAAUAAGUCUGGUUUGGUAUUCAGUGAAUCUGAAAAUCUAUGGAUCAUUCAAUUAGAACCUGUAGACGAUCACUUCCAUGCGGCACAAGAGUAUUUCAUAAGUAGCAAUGCAAGAAGAACUUUGCAAAACUGUAUUACAGCCAUACCAUUUGAAUUACAACUUCAAAAUCUAUCGCUUGACCAGAUUAACAUGAUUUUCGAUCAUUUAAUUUUUGUAUAUCCAAUGGAAAAAUGA